CAAGUUCUCAGGUUGUCUUGAUACAGCAUGGCUCGAUGACCAUUUUCAGUCAGCCACCAAUUCUUCUUAUCAGCCUCGAAAAAACAAACAAGAAUGGUCGUAUACAAAAUACCAGCAUGAGAAUUUGCACUUGCUAGCCAAUACUUUCGAUAAGACGCGGCCAUGGGUCACCACGAGCAAUCCCUGUGGUGGCGGAAAUGGAAGUCAUCGCGGCUGGACUUGCACAGCAACUCGCGAGCCCAGCCCAGAGCACAAUCACCACUUGCCGGCCAGAAAUCCCACCACGAGGGCGCAAACAACGAGAUCGACAGUAUGGCAACCCGAAAAAGUGUGCCUUUUCGCAUUCGCCUUCAGCAUUUCACCUGGGCUUGGUUUACACUUCCCAUGAGCACAGGCGGCAUCGCUCUGCUUUUGCGCGCGACUCCACAUCAGUUUGCAGGCCUCAUCACGAUUGGCAAAGUCGUUUAUGUAUUCGACAUUGUAAUUUUCCUGCUACUCUGCUCCGGAAUCGCAGCACGAUUCAUCUUACACCCGGGCACAUUAAGGAAGUCUCUUAUGCAUCCCACCGAGGCGCUCUUCUUCCCAACAUUCUGGCUUGCCGCCGUAAACAUCGUCACUGGGAUGCAGGUUUAUGGUGUGGAAACAUUGCGGCGAGGUGGCGAUGGCAAGGGUGGAGAAUGGUUGAUCACGACACUCCGAGUUUUGUUUUGGACCUACCUUGCCGUGACGUUCCUCGUCGCAGUCCUUCAAUAUCUUUACCUGUUCUCCGCCAAACCUCAUCGCCUGACGAUUCAAAGUAUGACGCCAGCUUGGAUCUUACCAAUCUUUCCUGUUAUGCUAUCUGGAACUCUUGCUAGCGCCAUUGCCAGUGACCAGCCUGUGCAUCACCGUCUUUCAAUUAUUCUCGCAGGAUUGACGAUGCAAGGACUAGGUUGGAUGGUCAGCAUCAUGGUUUAUGCGAUCUAUAUUCAUCGACUCAUGCAGUUCGGUCUGCCAGCACCGAACCUGAGACCGGGAAUGUUCAUUUCUGUGGGGCCGCCUUCUUUCACUGGGCUUGCGCUUCUUGGAAUGAGCCAGGCGUUGCCUAAUCAAGACGCAUACUUCCUGGAGAGACCUGGCGUGGUCGUGGUCCUUCAAACGAUGGCAGAUUUCGUGGCCAUGUUUCUGUGGUCACUGAGUUUCUGGUUCUUCUGCAUCACGCUGCUGAGUGUGCUAGCUGGAGCGAGUAGGAUGUCGUUUCACCUUGUUUGGUGGGCUUUUGUUUUCCCAAACGUGGGCUUCACUGUUGCUACAACCAGGAUCGGACAGCAGCUGAAGAGCGAAGGCAUCCUAUGGGUAGCAAGCUUGAUGACGAUCUUGCUCGUAAUAAUGUGGAUAUUCGUGUUCAUCAUGCACAUUCGAGCAGUUUUGCAGAAGCAGAUCAUGAUGCCUGGCAUGGACGAAGACAAAGAUGAGUACAAAGAGGGUGAUCGGAAGGCAAACGUACCUGUUCCUCCAGACGAGCAUCAUUGA